ACAACAACAGCGCCGAGGACAAGUACAAGAUAUGGAUGAGGCACCGCUACAACGACUGCGUGGAUUCCUUGGCCGAGCUGAUGGGGCACGACUCCUUCCAGGUCAAGGAAUUGGCACUCUGCACCCUCAUGAGGUUUGUCGAGUUGGAGGCACGAUACCCAUUGAUCAAAGUAGAGUGGAAGGGCACUUUGACUUUUCCUCGUGAACUUCUUAAGGUGGUUGUUGAUGGCUUACUGCCCUUGGAUGAGGAUGCUUCGCUCCUCAUCUCUCGCUUUCAAGAGUAUCUGGAGUAUGAUGACGUUCGGUACUUCGUCACAAAGGCCGUCACUGAGAGUAUUGCGCAAGUCAUGCAGAAGACAAAAGAGAGGCCGCUGCCAUUUUACCAGCAGAAUGUGUUCUCCCUCAUUUCGCCCAUGAUCAUGCCCAACAAAGAGUCUGACAUGGUCAAAUACAUGGUGAAGCAAGCUUUAUCUGCACCAGUAUCUUUAACUCACCGCUUGCAAUUCUCUUUGAAGGCUCACAAGCAGGCGUUCCAAAAGAUGUGGCUCAGUUUUUUGAAGCACAAGCUACCCACUGGCCUUUACAAAAAAGUUCUGGUCAUUCUGCAUGACUCCAUCCUGCCUUACAUGAAUGAGCCCACUCUCAUGAUAGACUUCUUGACAGUGGCCUAUGGCAUAGGUGGAGCAAUCAGUCUGCUGGCUUUGAAUGGAUUAUUUAUUCUGAUUCAUCAACACAAUCUGGAAUACCCUGACUUCUAUAAAAAGCUGUACAAUCUGCUAGACCCUUCCAUAUAUCACGUGAAGUACCGCGCUCGCUUCUUCCACUUGCUUGACCUUUUUCUGUCUUCUUCUCACUUGCCUGCGUACCUGGUGGCGGCGUUCAUAAAGCGACUGGCCCGGCUGGCCCUGACCGCUCCUCCCGAGGCUCUCCUCAUGGUCAUUCCCUUCAUCUGCAACCUCUUCCGGAGGCACCCUGCCUGCAGGGUGCUGGUGCACAGACCCAAUGGGCCAGAGGAUAUGUCAGAAGAUCCCUAUCUUAUGGAGGAGGAGGAGCCAUCUGAAAGCAGGGCUUUGCAAAGCUGUCUCUGGGAGAUUCAGGCUCUACAAAACCAUUAUCACCCAGAUGUGGCUAAGGCAGCUGCUGUCCUGAACCAGUCACUGUCUGAAAUGGAGGAUGACAUCUCAGGGCUCCUGGAGCUCUCAGCUUAUGAGCUUUUUGAUAAAGAAGUGAAGAAAAAGGCUACUGAUGUGCCCCUGGAAUUCGAACAAGUCCAAGGUUUAUUUGGGAAGAAAAAUGAUAUUUUUGCAGAGCACUUCACUUUAGCUUGAUGUGAUCUCUCACAAACACAUCUGCACCGCUGGCUGGUCUUGCAAACAGCUGAGAGCUGGACUGCUUGAGGAAGGUGCAGCCUUCUUCAGCGACCUUUGCCACUGCCCAUGGAUGGACUUGCCUUUGUUCCUCAUGCUCACGUGCUGCCACCUGAUAUUUGGGAAGGAUUUUUCCUCAGAGCAAUGUUUUCUGGACUUGUUCACUGCUGGGAUUCCAACCCUUUUCUCCAAGCCCGCUGGUGCUGGCUGUGAUGGGUGACUGCAUCCACGGACUAUCUUGCUGCCAUUCAAUGGGGCAGAGGGGAACUGUGAUCUCUGGCUACUGUCCUUGUUUUUCAGUUGUGUGGCUUUUAUACUUGAGCUGACAGCCUGUUUGUACCAAGUGGCUUCAAUACAUAGCUGUAAACAAUGAUAUUCUAAUUAUAUUUUUUUCACAGCUGCUUUGAAACUCACAUCUUCAAAGGGAUGUUUAGCUUCCUAUGUGCUUAACACUCCCACAUUUGGGGCACUGAAAGCUCUGGUUUGUCAAAACCAGCUCGUAGAGCGAUUCUCAGCAAUUCCAUCUGUGAAGUGUUGCUGAUGUUCCUUCAUGUACAUCCCUCUCUUGCUGGAAGGUUGCUUAAUUCAAAAUGCUCAUGAGCUUUGGCAGUCAGCAUAAUCCUGGUGACUGCUGUAGCUGGGGAGGCCAACUGAGGUGUCUAAUCCUUGAUUUUUGCUUCAGAGUGAUAAGCAGCUUCAUGUAGUUUUGCUUGCAGCCUGCAAGUGUUGGAGGAGCUCUGCCCAGUGUGUAUCCAGGUGCUGAUGAAGUUUUAACUAGUUCAGUGACACCAGGUGAUUUUGUUCAUUUGGAUUUUUCAUGCAGUUCCAGAAGUCAUGCAGAAAUUCCUUCUGAUAGGCUUUUUCGUUGUUUUUUUGCCUCCCCUAAGGUUUUAAAUUGGAGAUAAACUCCCUAUUAGGAGUGCAGAUAAAC